AUGAGUGCGCGGUUUUACGACGACCAGCAGGAGUUCAUGCCAAGACCUAACGGCUACGCAACUUAUUCGGGCCAUGAAAAUCAUCCGAAUGGCGGAAUUUUGAGGAACAAAGUCUGCUUUACUUUUGAGUUUUUAGCGGAGUUUCUGGUUUUAAGGACACCUACGCACGUCCUCAGAGCGUUCUUCCACGAGCACAGUCGUUUGGAAACGAGUCCGUAAGUGUUUAUUAUAUCAUUUCUGGAUUGAUUGUAGAACAUUAUUUUCUUUGAUUUGCUUUAAAAGCCUUGAAAAUAAACAGAAUUUCUGCUUUUUUUUGGAACUUCUUGAUGCAUCAGAUCUAUCAAAGAAGAAAAUUAGAAAAUAUUGAAUCUACCCUGAUACAUUAUCUUCUUGGAAGAAAAGUGCUCUAUUUUAGAAUUCUUAUAUUUUAUUUUCAAAAAGGUAUAAAAAAAGAGACUAUCAGAACGCCUUCAAAAAAAAGCUCAAAUGAACUUUUCUUGGUUUUCUAGCCUCUAAUUCAACCUUCUGAGAACAAAAAAAUGAAAGAUUGGAGCCAUUGAACAUUAUUCGAUGGCUGACGCACCUUUGGUUGCAGGAAGAUUCGGCGUCUUCGUGUCAAUCAUUCGUUGACAACCUUUUGCGACCCUGUUUUGCCGAGUUCCUAGCGGUAUGUCCACCACUCUUGUUCCUUUACAAAUACUCAUUGCUUUGUGGGCGCUAAUUAAGCUGCUCAAUCAAUUGUUUAAUCGGCUAAAGAGCCCGGAGACGUAUGUCUGACGUUCAUUCAAGUGAUCAACUAUGGCUUCUACGCUGCCUUAAACAGGCAGUUUAAAUAAAUGCGAAAAAAAGCAAGACUUAUGUGCUCAAUCAAACAUCGGGAAUCCUCAUGAAAUGGACCGAAAUUUCAUGAUUAUGCUGGGUUUCAGCCUUUCAAAGGGUCAAUUUUUAGUUUCGUUAUGACCAUGAGCUACAGUUGUUUCUCAUAAAUGUAUAGAAAUGUACACUUUAAUAUUCAAGUAGUAUUUGCAAAAACUUCGAGUCGUUUCAAAGUCUGCGAAAUUCAGUUUCUUCGUAUUCUUCAAGAGACAAAAGUUUUUAAAAAGGAAGCGAUCCACAAUAUUAUUUAAAUCAAAAAUUAGCUCAAAAAUAUAACGUAUCAUAAAUUUGUUUGCUCUUUAGUUUCUGAUUCUUCCUGAAUUUUGUGGAUGUUGUUUCCAGGUGUUCAUCACGACUUUCCUCACGAUUCACAUCAACACGGAGCUGAACGACCGCCACGUCUUGAGCGUCUACCGAAUCGUUUUGUUGUCGACCACCGAUGCCAUCGCGGCUCUCGUCUUCAUUUCCGCCUUCAAGACGUAUGCUCUUUCUAGGCUCUUACGUUAUGAUUUACGUCUGGGAAUGUUCUCCAGUUGUACAAUCCGUUGGAUCUACCGAAACAUUAGAAAAUUAUCGAGCAAGCAGAAUGAUCUUUAAAUGAUGAGAAUUCGAGAGUUAAAAAAAGCUGAAGGAUGAAUUCGAGAGUUAAAAAAAGCUGAAGGAUUUUUUUUCUGCCGGCUUGAGAGGAACUGGGAUUUUACGCAUUUUUAGAUUUAUUGUUUUUUAUAGCCGUAAGGAGUUAUUUUUCAAAGAUUGUCCUCAAAGAAUAUCAAAAAGUGAGUCAAAAAAGUAGCUAGAGUUUCUAUGCGGAAUCACAGGUUGGUAAUGAAAGACGAAUUUCUGAGCCAGAUCUUUAUAGAAAACUCCAGGCCUCUUCGUGCACGGAAUAAACUUUUUCUCAAUCGUGUCUUUUCCAAGGAUUCAUCUGCACUCGGCGAUAACUCUGGCUCAUCUUUUUUGCCUGACAACUUCUUGGUACAUUUGUGUGUUUCUAUUUCUAGUGCAAUUCUUUGGUUCGAUCGCGGCUGUUUUAGCCUCCGCGGUGAGUGCCAAACUUUCCAAGAUUUCAUACCUUCUAAUACUUUUCAGGCGAUUCGUUCUAGCGAUCUGCCUCCUGUACCAGUUUUCAGCAGCGACAUCAGUUCUGAGUGGUCCAAGUCCGCUUACAAACUGGUAAAUGUAGCAGAUGUGAUUGGAUUCAAAAGUUUGUAGUUUGUACUGCAGAUGAUUUCGCAGUUCAUUGGCACUCUGAUGGUUGUCAUGUCUCAUGUUCUGUCGCAUGAAUCGCUUUCCAAAAACUCCAUGAGGGUCGGCCGCCUCCGAGGAAGCGCCCUCGCUCUCUUCAUGUCCAUCGCCAUGUCUUCUUUCUUGAGGUAAUUUUUUAAAUGAUCCUCAUUUUUGUCUUCCAGUCUGAUCAAAUGUCACAAAAAUUCUUAUUGACGUUUGUUUUUACUACAAUAAUAAUAAUAAUAAACUUCAAGCUUUCAUAACUCUAAAAAAAAUUAAAAAACAUUUUUUCCUCUACUACAAUUUCAUAACAGUUUCUGAAAGAACUCGAAUUCGCUUUCAUUAUAGUAAGGAAUCUUGGAAAAUUAUUCUAUUCAGUCACCUCCAGUCGACGAUCGGCUGGAACUCGAUGGUCACCACGGCCAUCGCCGUCUCUCGCGCCAUGUCCAACGUGCCGGAGUAUCCUCAGCAACUCUUUUUCCACGAACACUUUGUCUUCUGGCUUGGCCCUGUGAUCGCCAGUCUCACCGCAUCUUUCCUGUACAGGUGGGCUUUUUUCAAGCUAAUAAAAUGAAAAGAAAACAUUUUACAGACUUCUCUACGCGCCGGACAACAAAAAAAUCUCCUGUGGCUGUUGUGAUGACUACGAAGUCCGUCCUAUCAACGUUUAA